AUGGUGCAUGUGGACCCAGAAGAUGUGGGUAUGGCCCUCAAUGAAUAUUUUGCAUUGGUCUUCACAAUGAAAAAGGAUGACGCAGGAAACAGAAGAUGUGGGAUUACACUAGAAGAGGAAAGGGAAGUUAUGGACCCAAUAAAUAAUACUGUUUGGAAGCCAGACUCUUGCCAGGAUUGCAGCUGCCACAGUGAUAUUGUCAUCUGCAAGGUUACCCAGUGUCAGAACCCUCAGUGUGAUUUUCAGAAGGGUGAAGUUUUCAAAAUAAGUCCAAAUGGUUGCUGCCCUGAAUGUGCCUUGAGGACCCAUAACUUCUGUGAAUAUGAAGGACAGAUUCAUGGGCAUGAGACUGAGUGGAUGACCACAAAGUGCACUGUUUGCUCCUGCAUCAACAAGAAAGUUGAAUGUGGCUCAAAAUAUUGUUCCCCCAUCUCCUGUGGGAGAGGGGAAAUUACACACACCCCAGAUGGAGCCUGCUGUCCAAAAUGUGUCAAGACUGGAGAGUCAUGCUUAUUUGAGGGAAGAACAUACAGAGAUGGUGAAGACUGGAAGCUGACUGGAUGUUCAAAGUGUGUCUGCAGUAAUGGUGAGGUGCAGUGCUACAUUGCAGAGUGCCAGCCAGUAUUCUGUAAUAAGGAUGAAGAUCUUGUAAUGCAGAUUGGAAACUGCUGUCCUGAAUGUCUGCCAAAAUCCUGUUCUUUGGCAGGGAAGAAGCACAAGCAUGGUGAUCAGUGGAAGAAGAAUGAGUGCACCAGUUGCAUUUGUGACCAUGGCGAAAUUAGGUGUCAUACGCGGGCAUGUCCAUCAUUGAUUUGUGAAAAGGGUCUGAAUAAAGUCAGAAGACCUGGACGCUGCUGCGAGGAAUGUGUGUCUGGGAAAGGGAGCUGUCUGUAUGAAGGUGUCACCAGGUAUCACGGAGAGAUGUGGAAUGUAACUGGCUGCGAGUUCUGCAUGUGUGAGAGGGGACAGGUCAUCUGUCAGGCUGCCGAAUGUGCUAGAGUGGAGUGCUCAUGGGGUGAAGAGUUGCUACAUUUGCCUGGAAAAUGCUGUCCUGAAUGUGUGUCGGUUGACAGUUACUGUGUUUACAAAGAGCAAGUUAAGGAGACACAUCAUUCAGAUUUGAAAGGUGAAAAACACCUGCAGAAUGGAGAAAAAUGGAAAGAAGGUCCUUGUAAAGAAUGUGAAUGCCGAGAUUCACAGGUGAUCUGUUAUAAGCGCUCCUGUCCUCUCUGCCCUGUUGGGAGUCUUGCUGUCGAAGUGAAGGGAGAAUGUUGCCCAGAAUGCCAACCAGUUCAGUGCCAUGCUGAUUGCCUGACCUGCAUGCGCUCUCCUGAUCAUUGUGACAUCUGCUAUGAUAAGAGCAAAUUCUUGCAGAGUGGCCACUGUUUGAAAAGCUGUGACCCUGGGUUCUACAAAGAAGGUGGACUAUGUAAAGCAUGUGAGGAGUCAUGUGCCACCUGUCGAAAUGAGUUUGAAUGCGUUUCAUGUAAGGAGCCGCUGCUUAUGAAGUAUGGUCAGUGUGUGACUUCCUGUGGGGAGGGGCUGUUCCAGGAUCAGAUACAGUGUUCAGCUUGCCAUGAAUCCUGCUUGAUAUGUCGCGGCCCUUCAGAGACUGAUUGUGUUAACUGUAAGGAUCAGUCAUAUCUGCUCAAAGAAGGUGCCUGUGUUGUCAACUGUGGGCCUGGAUAUUUCAUAAAAGAUGGGCAUUGCCAUGCAUGUGACUCAUCUUGUCUGACUUGCUACCAUGACAACCCAAGUUGCCUGACCUGUCCUGAAGGAAGUGUUUUACACAAUGGAAAGUGUGUCUCACAUUGCCCCCAGGGCUAUUACAAAGAUGUGGCUAAUAGGUGUGCAGCCUGCCAUGCCUCGUGUACAACCUGCACUGGCUCUUCUGUGCAUUGUGCUUCCUGUUCCAACUACCUUGCCCUACACAAAGGCCAAUGUCUCGUAGCCUGCCCCAGUGGAUUUUACUCUGAAAAUGGAGUAUGCCAAGCCUGUAGCCAUCCUUGCCGUGCCUGUGUAGGCCCCAAGCAGUCAGACUGUACUAAUUGCCUCAAACCAGAGCAAGUUAUUCAGAUUCAUCAGGAUGUCCAUGGAAUACCGCAUGGAGAAUGUGUGGCUGAUUGCAAACCACAUUUCUACAUGAACAGUGCAAAAGUAUGCACAGAGUGCCACUCCACCUGCACAAGCUGCACAGCGAGCAGUCCUCAGAAUUGCACAGCCUGCUCUCCACCAAGAGCCCUCUAUGAAAGCAAGUGUCUGCAUACAUGUCCUGAAGGAUUCUACAGUCAAGACAAUGUCUGCUAUUCAUGUCAUCCUUUCUGCAAGCAGUGUGAUGGCCCUUCAGACUCUGACUGUUUGGCAUGUCACCCUCAUGUUACAUUGCUGAAUGGAUACUGCAGAAUCAGCUGCAAAGAGGGGCAAUACCUGAACCAAGUUGGAUACUGUGUUGAUUGCCAACCUCAGUGUAAGCACUGUGUAGCUGACCUUAAAGAUACAGGUAGUGUCUGUCUGUACUGCAAGGAUCUCCGUGAGAUGUUGCUCGGAGACCAUUGUGUUUCUCAUUGUCCCACAGGAUACUUCAUGAGCAGAGGCACUUGCAAAAGAUGUCAUUCAUCAUGUAAAACUUGCAGUACUGAAGGAGCUUAUGGUUGCACUGCUUGUGCAGCUGACUUGGUUCUGGCCCAUUCUGGCAAGUGCAUUACUGCUUGUCCCCCAGCUUUCUACAGUGACGACAAACAGAUCUGUCAGCCAUGCAGUAACCAGUGUUUGACCUGUGAGUCCAAUACAGUCUGCUUGUCCUGUAAAGACCCCACCAAAGUUUUGCUCUUUGGGGAAUGUCAAUAUGAGGCCUGUGCCCAGCAGUACUACAUUGACUACUCGACAGGAACUUGCCGUGAGUGUGACUGGAGCUGCAAUGCUUGCAAGGGGCCACUAAAAACUGACUGCCUGCAGUGCAUGGAUGGUUAUGUAUUGCAAGAGGGCUCCUGUGUAGAACAGUGUGCAGCAGGAUUCUACAAAGUGGAGGAAGAAUGCAUACGAUGUAAUGAACGUUGUUCGAAGUGUAGUGGACUCGGUGUGUGUAGCCAAUGCAAGACACCUUUCCUACUGUUAGAAACACAGUGUGUUCGUGACUGUGGGAAAAGAUAUAACUCCAAUCACAGUCAACAAAAAUGCAUAGCCUGUUCUACUGGGUGUUUAGAAUGCGACAGCGCCUUGCAGUGCAAGUUAUGUAAUAGCAUCACCUUCCUGAAGAAUGAGCUCUGUGUUCCUGAUUGUGGUCCAGGUUACUAUGGUAAUGUGUACAAGAGAAUAUGUGAAGUUAAUAUUUAUGCACCGGUCCUUCAUGCAAACGGUUCUGUAAAUGUGGACAUCGGUGGGAGCCAGGUACUGAACUCUACCUUUAUGAACAUUUAUGAUGCUGACACACCAGUUGAAAAUCUCAUUCUCCAUAUUGUCAACCCCCCUGACAAUGGAAGACUGAUUAAAAUGGAAAAAGGGAAGCAGAUCCAUCUUCGGAAAGGAGACUCGUUCACCAUGCAAGAGCUGAGGAAGCACAACAUCCUCUUUAUUCAUGACAAAGAAAAAUCAAGGAAGGGUCACUUUAUCCUGAAAGCCAGUGACCAUCAACUAUACUCCCUUCCAGAAACAAUUAAAACUCAAGCUCUCUCAUUCAAGGGUCCCUUUGUGCUGACUAAUAAAGUCUUAUUGCUCGGUAGAGGUGAAUUCGGUGCCAUUUCUAAUCUGAUAUUGGACAUUCAAGAUGAUGACAACCCCUCUGAGGUGGUAUUAUCAGUUUUGGACCCUCCAAAACAUGGGCGCCUUAUUUUGCACCCAGCAGAUGUAAGCGUACAGCAAUUCCAAUUGAACGAUCUCAAAAGGGGACAGCUGCGUUAUGCUCACGAUGGAACCAACAGCCGGCAUGACCAAGUGCUACUGCAGAUUAAUGACGGCCAUAACAUCCUGAAUAUUCUCUUCCAGAUCAAAAUUACUCACCAGGUAAUGGCCCAAAUACAGCUCCUGAAUAAUUUAAGAGGAUGGGUCCCUGAGGGUGGAUUACUACAGAUUACCAACAGACUUUUGCAGGCAGCAGACAAAGAUGCCAGUGACUCCGAGAUUAUCUUCAAUCUAAUACAUGCAAAAGAAUCCCCUAAAUUUGGUGAUGUGAUCCUUUUGGUCCCAAUGCCAGCUGAUGGCCCAGCAGAUGGGUGGCAAAGGCUGCCUGAUGGAAAAAUAGCAACUGUGACAAACUCAUUUACUCAGCAGGAUCUUAACAACGGCAUUGUGUGGUACCAACACUCAGGGUUAACAUCUACAGAGGACUCAUUCAAGUUUCAGGUUACAAAUGGUGCCAGGACCUACACUGGAACUGAAAGCCACAUAUUUCAAAUUGGAAUUUUACAGAAAAAUGAAGAUGCCCCACAACUAGCUUCAGGAGUUAUUACUCCUCUACAAGUCACAGCACUUGAAGAUCGGGUUACAGUAAUCCAGGCUACGCAGUUGUCCUUUGUAGACAGAGACACACCAAACCAUGAUCUAAUCUACAACAUCACUGUUCCACUACUCCCAGACCAUGGCACCAUUGAACACUCUGGCAGCCCUUUCUUCCCAGUCACAUACUUCACUCAAGCUGACAUUGACAACAGGAAGAUUCUGUACCGUCCUCCAGCAGCAUCUUUGCACGCGCGAGGGUUAUUCAAAUUCUCUUUCACUGGUCUACCUGAGUCGGUGAACUUCCUUUUUACAGUUUCUGAUGGUGAACAUACAUCCCCAGAAAUGGAAUUUACCAUUCAUCUGCUCUCUACCAAUCAGCAACCUCCUGUUUUUCAAAUAUUAGAACCCUUCAUCGAGGUCAGCCAAGGAGGAAGAGCAGCUAUUGGUUUGAGCCAGUUAGCAGUUCGUGAUGCAGACACAUACCCUGAUGACCUUCUGUUUGAGCUGAUGGAACCCCCUCAGUUUGGGGUACUGAUUAAAUCAGACUACAGACAGCCAAUGGUAAAAGGUGAUACCUUUACACAUGAUGAUGUGGCACGAAACGCGAUUCAUUAUGUGCACAGUGGUACCCUGACAACUGAGGACAGUAUGCAAAUCUUAGUCACAGAUGGAGUUACCAUGGCAACGACACUGCUGCAAGUUCAUAUCUCAGCGACAGAUGGUGACGGUCCUAGGCUUGCACCUGAAUCUCUGUUGACUAUUUCAGUGCCUGAAAAAAGCUUGGGAACCAUAACAAGAUCUCAUCUGGCAUAUACUGAUAAUAAUUCUCCUGACAGUAAAAUCCGGAUUCAGUUGAUAUCUCUGCCCAUGUACGGUAUCCUCACUAAUGGCGAUGAGGAGCUGUUGGAAUUUUCAACAUUUACAAUGGAAGAUAUUGAUAACCAAAGAAUUAGAUACACUACAGACUUUGACACCGAUGAUCAACCCAUCACUGAUAUUUUCCACUUUACUGUCUAUGACAUCGAUAACAACCGCCUCGACAACCAAAUGUUUACCAUCACCAUCACCACUGCCAAGAACUACUCACCACUUGUUAACGUCAGGGAUGAAAUCACUGUGGAAGAGGGAGGAAGAAUACUGCUGUCGUCACACAAUAUCCUCGCAACAGAUCCAGAGACCCCAGAGAAGGACCUGUUAAUAAAGAUAACCACUGCACCUAUAUUUGGCUACAUUGAAAAUCUGAAAAGAGAAGGAAGAACUGAUCAAGCUGUCAUCAUCAGUCCUGAUGUGCCCUUCUCCGUACAGGAUAUCCUCGACAAUAGUAUUUACUAUGUGCAGAGUGUCCAUCGCAGCACUGAGCCAAUUUCAGACAGCUUUGACUUCUAUGUGACCGAUGGUAACAUUCAGUCUCCAGUGUACCACUUCAACAUUAUAAUACUGCCAAAGAAUGAUGAACCACCCAAAAUGAAUGUCGAAGCUGUACAAGUAAAGGAAGGAGCGGGCGUAGUGAUUAGAAACACCUCCCUUACUCUCCAAGACCUGGACACACCAGAGAAUGAACUGGUUUUAAGAGUGACCAAAAAACCCAGUCAUGGCAAGCUACGGAAAAGGCAGUUUUAUUCAGAGCCUCUGGAAAAUGGCCGUGUACUGACACAAGGCUCCUCCUUCACGUACCAGGAUGUGCUGGAUGAACUAAUUGUUUACACUCAUGAUGGGACAAACGUACAAUCCGAUGAGUUCCGCUUCGCCUUUACAGAUGGCCUGUAUACAGAAAAUGGGAAAAUGGAGUUCUUUGUGGAAAAGCAGAAGAAUGAGGCCCCCAGAUUAACAAUCAAUCGUGGCCUACAAUUCUCAGCAGGCUCCGUAUCAGUAAUCACCCAACAGCACCUGCAAGCUACAGAUAUUGAUUCUGACGAUGAAAAGCUUAAGUUUGUCAUAACCAAAGACCCUACAGUCGGACGCUUGCAAAUGUCUAAAAAUGACAAUUUGGUUCAAAUUUCAAUCAGGGGACCCAUUAAAAGAUUUACCCAAGCUGACAUUAACAAAGGAUAUGUAGAGUAUCGUCAUGAAAAGGGAGAGCCCGGUGGAAGUUUUGCUUUCAAGUUUGAUGUUAUUGAUCCAGAUGGAAAUAAACUAAUUGAUCAGUCCUUCUUCAUUAGUGUGCUGGAAGAUAAGCUUCCACCAUCCAUCGUAGUUAAUAAAGGCUUGGUGCUGGAGGAAAACACAGUGAAAAAAAUAACGACCCUUCAGCUGUCAGCUACUGACCAGGAUAGCGAGCCUGGCGAACUGACGUACAGGUUAACCAAACAACCCCAGUUGGGUCAUAUUGAGCAUGCUGCUUCCCCAGGAACAAAGGUUAGCUAUUUUACUCAGGCUGACCUUGCGGCCCGAAGCAUUCAGUAUGUACACACUAGUGAUGAGGAAAAACAUUCUGACGAUUUCACUUUUUCAGUGUCCGAUGGUGUCAAUGAGGUGUCUCAAACAUUUUACAUUACUAUUCGUCCUGUGGAUGAUGCACUGCCAGUGGUCCAGAUCCUGGGAAUGCGAGUGCAGGAGGGAGUGAGAAAGACUAUCACUGAAUUUGAACUAAAAGCCACUGAUGCAGACACUGAAGCUGAAUCUUUGACCUUUACCAUUGUUCAACCACCACGCCAUGGGACAAUUGAGCGUACUAAUAAUGGUCACCACUAUCGACAGACCAACACAUUUACAAUGGAUGACAUUUAUCAGAACCACAUCAGCUACAAUCAUGAUGGCAGUAAUUCUCUCAAAGAUCGCUUUUCUUUCUCCAUGUCUGAUGGAACAAAUCCAUUCUUCAUUGUUGAAGAGGCAGGGAAGGAGAUUGUGACAGCUGCUCCCCAGAAGUUUAAGAUUGAUAUUCUACCUGUGGAUGAUGGGACGCCGAGAAUUGUUACCAACCUGGGACUACAGUGGCUGGAGUACAUGGAUAAUAAAGCCAUUAACCUGAUCACUAAGAGGGAACUAUUGACCAUGGAUCCUGACACUGAAGACAAGCAGCUGAUUUAUGAGAUUACCACAGAACCAAAGCAUGGGCACCUGGAAAGCAAACUGAGGCCUGCAAUCCCCCUGAAGACUUUCACACAAGAGGAUAUUAACUUGGGUUUGGUCAGCUACAUUUUAAAUGAAGAUAAGAUUCAAAAGACUAUGGACACAUUCAAGUUUUUGGUGAAAGAUAGCAAACCUAAUAUUGUCAGUGAUAAUGUGUUCCACAUCCAGUGGUCUCUAAUCAGCUUUGAAUACACCAGUUACAAUGUCAGUGAAAAGGCAGGCUCUGUGAGCGUCACAGUGAAGAGGACUGGGAACCUCAAUCAGUAUGCCAUUGUGCUGUGCCGUACUGAACAGGGGUCAGCAACUUCUACUUCUGGAGCUGGCUCAAAGCUGGGCCAACAGGAUUAUGUAGAGUACGCAGGGCAGGUUCAAUUUGAUGAGAGAGAAGACACAAAGGCUUGUACUAUUAUUAUAAAUGAUGACCAGGUUUUUGAAAACAUUGAAAGCUUUAACGUGGAGUUGAGCAUGCCUGCAUAUGCCUUGCUUGGGAAGAUUACCAGAGCUAUAGUGAAUAUCAAUGACACAGAAGAUGAGCCCACACUACAGUUUGACAAGAAACUAUAUCGAGUUAAUGAAAGUGCUGGAUUCUUGUUUGCUCCAGUAGAAAGGAAAGGAGACACCAGUAGUACAGUCUCAGCUAUCUGCUAUACCGUACCAAAAACAGCCAAAGGCAGCAGCCAGUAUGCCUUGGAAUCCGGUUCAGAUUUCAAAACCAGAGGAAUGACAAGUGAGAAUCGUGUGGUCUUCGGCCCUGGUGUAAGCAUGUCAACAUGUGAUGUCAAGUUGAUUGAUGACAGUGAAUAUGAGGAGGAGGAGGACUUUGAGAUCACCCUAGCUGAUGCGUCUGACAAUGCACGGAUCGGGGAAGUUGCAGCUGCCAAAGUGAUUAUAAAUGGUCCCAAUGAUGCCUCACUGGUAUUUCUUGGGAACUCUUCUUUCACUGUUAGUGAAGAUGCAGGCUCCAUUGAAAUACCAGUUAUCAGACAUGGCAGUGAUUUGUCCACCCUCACUUCAGUGUGGUGUGCUACACGCCCUUCAGACCCUCCUUCUGCAACUCCAGGCAUUGACUAUAUCCCCAGUUCGAAGAAGAUUGACUUUGCACCUGGCAAAACAGAAGAGAUCUGCACUUUAACUAUUCUGGAUGAUGUACAGAAUCCAAUCAUUGAAGGGAAUGAAACUUUCAUUGUAUUCCUGAGCUCAGCACAAGGAGCAGAGCUAACUAAACCCUACCAAGCUACCAUUGCUAUCAAUGACACCUAUCAGGACGUUCCUAGCAUGCAGUUUGGUAAGGAUAUCUACAGAGUGAAGGAGAAGGAAGAUGAAUUACAUGUUCCUAUUAUCAGAACUGGUGAUCUCAGCUAUGAGUCCUCUGUGAGAUGCUACACUCGACAGCUGACUGCAGAAGUGUUGGAAGACUUUGAAGAAAGAAGGAAUUCAGAUGACUCACGCCUUACAUUCCAGAAGGGAGAAAAGGUGAAGAACUGCACAGUGUUGAUAAAUGAUGAUACGAUCUUUGAGCCCGAGGAAAAGUUCCAGCUCCACCUGGGCAACCCCUUGGGAAAUCAUUGGAGUGGAGCCAAAGUUGGAAAAAAUGAUGUAGCCACUAUAACCAUAUCAAAUGAUGAAGAUGCCCCAACAAUUGAAUUUGAGGAGGCAACGUACCAGGUGCAUGAGCCCCCAGGCCCUGAUGGCAUCGCUAUACUGAAUGUCAAAGUGAUUAGGAAGGGAGACCAGAACAGGACUUCAAAAGUUCGCUGCAGCACCCGGGAUGGAUCAGCCCAGUCAGGCAUUGACUACAACCCUAAGAGCAGGGUCCUUAAAUUUAGCCCCAGCAUUGACCACAUUCUAUUUAAAGUGGAAAUCCUGUCCAAUGAUGAUAGAGAGUGGCAUGAAUCUUUUUCUCUGGUGCUGGGCCCAGAUGAUCCAGUUGAGGCGAUUCUUGGUGACAUCACCAUGGCCACAGUGACCAUUCUUGACCAGGAAGCAGCAGGAAGUCUAAUUUUGCCAGCGCCACCUAUUGUUGUGUCUUUGGUUGAUUAUGAUCAUGUUGAAGAAGUGACAAAGGAAGGAACCAAAAAGAACCCAUCCCCUGGCUACCCACUGGUGUGUGUGACACCAUGUGACACACAUUUUCCUAAGCACUCUGUUAUGAAGGUACGCUGUGACGAGGCAGGAAUUAACCAGUCUACUGUUCGCUUCAGCUGGGAAGUAGCCACACCUACAGAUACAAGUGGAGCCAGAUCUCCCUUUGAGACUGUAACAGAUAAUACCCCCUUCACCAGCAUCAACCACAUGGUCUUAGAUAGUAUCUACUUCAGUCGUCGAUUCCAUGUCCGUUGUGUUGCUAAAGCAGUUGACAAGUCUGGCCAUGUUGGGACACCGCUGAGGAGCAAUAUUGUCACCAUAGGAACAGAUAGUUCUAUAUGUCAUACACCUGUAGUGGCAGGGACAGCAAGGGGAUUCCAGGCCCAAUCCUUCAUUGCAACUCUGAAGUACUUGGAUGUCAAGCACAAGGAGCAUCCCAACAGAAUCCACAUUUCUGUGCAGAUCCCUCACCAGGAUGGGAUGCUGCCUCUAGUAUCCACCAUGCCGCUGCAUAACCUGCACUUUCUCCUGUCAGAAUCCAUCUACCGGCACCAGCACAUCUGUUCCAACCUGGUUACAGUCAAGGACCUGAGGAGUAUCACAGAUUCUGGAUUUCUGGAUGAUGUCAACUAUGAUAGCAUCACUCUUGGCCCUGGGUAUGAUCGGCCAUUCCAGUUUGACCCAAAUGUAAGAGAACCCAAGACCAUCCAGCUGUAUAAGCACCUCAACCUGAAGAGCUGUAUCUGGACAUUUGAUGCUUACUACGAUAUGACAGAACUCAUUGAUGUCUGCGGUGGCUCAGUGACAGCUGACUUCCAGGUUCGAGAUUCCGCCCAGUCAUUCCUGACAGUGUCAGUGCCAUUGUAUGUCUCUUACAUUUACGUAACUGCACCAAGAGGCUGGGCUUCACUCGAGCAUCACACUGAGAUGGAGUUCUCAUUCUUUUACGACACAGUUCUAUGGAGAACAGGCAUACAAACUGACAGUGUACUGUCAGCACGACUUCAGAUAAUACGGAUUUAUAUAAGGGAUGAUGGUCGCCUUGUCAUUGAAUUCAAGACCCAUGCAAAAUUUAGAGGUCACUUUGUGAUGGAUCACCACACACUGCCAGGGCAGAAGUCCCAAAUUGUAGCUCCUGAUCAUUUAGGGGGCAUUGAAUUUGACCUGCAGUUGCUCUGGAGUGCUCAGACAUUUGAUUCCCCAUAUCAACUAUGGCGUGCAACUAGUUCCUACAACAGAAAAGAUUAUUCAGGAGAAUAUACAAUCUUUAUGAUACCCUGCACAGUACAACCCACACAACCUUGGAUCGACCCUGGAGAUAAGCCAUUGGCCUGUACUGCACAUGCUCCUGAAAAGUUCCUCGUCCCUAUUGCCUUUCAACAGACAAAUCGCCCAGUUCCAGUUGUCUAUUCGCUCAAUACAGAGUUUCAUCUUUGUAAUAAUGAGAAGGUUUUUAUGAUGGAUCCGUCUGAAACAGAGAUGUCCCUGGCUGAAAUGGAUUAUAAAGGAGCCUUUUCCAUGGGUCAGAGACUGUACGGACGUGUGCUUUGGAAUCCUGAGCAAAACCUCAACUCUGCCUACAGGCUGCAAUUAGAGAAGGUGUAUCUCUGCACCGGAAAAGAUGGCUAUGUCCCCUUCUUUGAUCCCACUGGAACUAUUUAUAAUGAGGGUCCACAGUAUGGCUGCAUCCAACCCAACAAACACCUGAAACAUAGAUUCCUCCUUUUGGAUCGGAACCAGCCAGAAGUAACUGACCAGUAUUUUCAUGAUGUACCAUUUGAUGCUCAGUUUGCAUCUGAUGCACCAGAGUUUCACACAAUGAGGGAUGUGCCUGGAGUGGAUGGUUUCACAAUGAAGGUUGAUGCUCUUUACAAGGUGGAAGCUGGCCAUCAGUGGUACUUGCAAGUCAUCUACGUUAUUGGUCCAGAAUCACUUUCUGGGCCACGGGUUCAACGCUCACUUAGCUACCGACUCCCACGCCAAAAGCGAGACCUGGUGGACAAGAAUGGCAAGCUGACACUUGAUGACUCUUUGAUUUAUGACAAUGAGAAUGAUCAGGUCAAGAAUGGCACCAACAUGAAGAACUUAAGGCUGGAGUCUGAAACUAUAGCAUUGACCUCACACAAAGAGGCAUCAAUAGGAGGUGCUGUCGCUGCUGUAAUGCUGCUACUCCUGUUCCUCACUGCUGCUUGCUUUUUAGCAAGAAAAUGUAAACAUAAGAAGAAAUUACCCAAGGAGAUCCCAGAGGAAUAUCCACUGAACACAAAAGUUGAAAUUUGCAACAAGGCAUUGAAUAGGUUGGAGAAGAAUUUAAAUGGCAAGCACUGCGCAGAGAAGAAUAUCAACAUAUUAAAUAAAAAUGAUAUCAUUCGGGUAAAGGGUGUCAAGGUUAAGCAGGUAAACCUCAACAUUAAGCUUCAGAAUAACUUACAGGAUGGUACAGAAGUUUGAUGAUUGACAAAUUUUAUUACAAAAUAUGUAAUUUUUUGUGACAGGUCUUGUGGGGAAAGAGAGUGGUCUUUAAAAAAAAAUUGUAAAAAAAAAAGGGAAAAUGGUUUGUGUGGUAGUGAUUGUGCAGUGUAAUCCAUUUUGCAAUUGAGCUACCUCAUUCUAUGCAAGCAUGUACCACAUUAAUACAAUACUUGUUAAACCAGGUGCAUAUCUUCAUAAGCUCCUUUGAAAACUAGAUGCCUUUGGUGAAGUAUUUUCUGUCUGGCCAUAAUCUCUGUUAACAUUUUUCUACCGGUAGCUCAAUCAUCGUGCAUGCUUUUAAAUAUUCAAGCUUUUUCUUUUUUUAUAGCUGGGUUGAAUGAUAAUUUGAAUUGUUGAAAAAUACCUGUGAAAGAUCAAACCACUAAAAUUACACUUGAGUAUUAUUGCUUUGUUUCCAGCCAUGCACUCAUGUGUUUCACAUAAAAGUUUGUUUAUAACUGGAUGAGAUGUGUAAAUAUCCUUUUUUAAGUGCAAUUCUGAUGUAGAGGCAAAGUUCAUCCAGGAUAACUUGUGCAACGAUCAGCUUGUGUGUUUCUGAAUGAUUGUAGUCCUCAUUGACUUUAUUUCAACUUGAAAAGUUAUUUUUCAAUUAUCAUUUUUAUACAUGUGGUAAACGGAACUUUGGACAAACCAAAAUCAGAAAGGUAUUAAAAAUUUGGCACUGUUAGCAUCCCCAGUGUAAUCUCGGUUUAAGUGAUUUAUUUUAAACAAAUACCAAUUUACUAUGUACUAUAUUAUAUACUGUUGCUUUUAUAUCCUGUGUAGUGGAGUAGUACAAGCAAACUUCAGGGUUUAUGUUAAACUGUUUAAGGAGCUGUGUGACAAAUCAUAUUUGAAUUGUAAUAUUACUGUAUCCACAAGAGAACCCUAGCAGACACUGCUGGUGGGAGGCAAUAGCACACCACUGUCUUCAAUUAUUUGAUUAUGUAUCUAUGAGAAACAAAACACUGUCAACAUUUAUUUUUCAGUAUGUAUCAGCCCUCUCAGUGAGCACUUGUCCAUGUUGUUAACUGAGCAAUCCAAUUGUGGUGCUGUAGUUUUAUCGUUACAUCAAUAUGUUGAGCUAAUGAUAUGAGUAAAUUGACUCUACAUUACCUAUCAUGAAGUUUUUAACUAAUAAAGAACGUUCUAUUUAAUGUGAA